AUGACGACGAGCGUCUCACGGUACACGGUGGCCGCCUUCGGCCUCACCUCCCUCGCCGCCGGCCUCGACUCCCUCCUGCGCCCGCUCGAGUCCCUCGCGUCCCUGGGCCUGCCCGCCGCCGCGCUUCCCGCGGCCAGCGGCAACGCCCUCGCCGCCGUCGCCAUGGGCGUCUACUACGCCCUGGCCGCCGCCCAGGAGAACCGGGCCUUCUUCCUCGCCACCGUGCCGAUGCGCCUGACGUCCGCCGUCGUCUUCUGGCGGCAGGGCUGGGCCGGCGUGGCGGCCUGGGAGGGCGGGGGCGCCGCGCUGACGAUGCUCGCGCUUGCGUGGGAUGCACGGCGCGGCGGGAGGAAGACGUCGUGA